UUUCCCUGGGAAGGGACCUUCAAAAUCGUCGUCUUUCUCUUGCUUUUGCGUCAAGAGUCCUUUCUCCCUCACACUUUACCUUCGCUGAUAUUCUGUGCGCCGACCUCUUUCUCCUUUCUUUCGGGCGCAUUUAUACUCUCUAGGCUUUUGAGAUGCCUUGGAAGUGGGCAGAUGCUCAUCUCCCCGUUUUAAUUCCUUCCUUUCCGUCUACACCUCACCUUUAUUAUCCUCCUUUUCACUUCCACGCAACCAGAAUAUUUUCCGGCCAUCAAAGCUUCUUUUUUUCCUGGUUUCAACUGGAGAUAAUAUCCCCUCGGGGCUAUGGCUUCCUCCGAUGUCAGUCAUCUCUCCCAACCCUGUAUCUACGGGCAAAUGGAAUCAGCGCACAAUCAGAGAAAAUCUGGCUUUAUGAAGUGGUUUAGCAAGCUCUUCAAAGGGCCUGGCCGGGGAACAACAAACGGUAGGCGUUCAGAAGUGGCUGGGGAAGAGAACAUGUUUUGGCAUGGUCCAAGCAGAUCCAUGGAUGACCGAUCUAGAGCUGAAAAUGAAGAUCUAGAUCAUGCGAUUGCUCUUUCUCUCGCCGAGGACGCAAAGAGACGAAAUGGUCAUAUAGGACGGGGCCAUGAAGAUGAAAACUUUAGUAGAGCAAUUGAUGAAAGCCAGGGUGGCAUGCCUUCCUUUUGUCCAUAUAAUACGAAUCCUAUACAAUUUUUACCUAGAGGAUUUAGAUUGUGUGGAGGCUGCAAACAAGAAAUAGGUUGUGGUCAUUACUUAAGCUGCAUGGGAACCUUUUGGCACCCUCAAUGUUUUCGCUGCUAUUCCUGUGCUCAACCGAUCUCUGAAACUGAGUUUUCUUUGUCAGGGAGUUACCCAUACCACAAAAAAUGCUACAAGGAAUUGCAUCAUCCAAAGUGUGAUAUCUGCAAUCAAUUUAUACCCACAAAUUUGUCUGGAUUGAUUGAGUAUAGAGCUCAUCCAUUUUGGGGCCAAAAAUAUUGUCCUUCCCAUGAACAUGACAGCACGCCACGUUGCUGUAGUUGCGAGAGAAUGGAGUCAAGAAGUGCAAGAUACAUUGCUUUGGGAGAUGGGCGCAGCCUCUGCUUGGAAUGUUUGGAUUCCGCUAUCAUGGAUACCGGCGAAUGUCAAUCCUUAUACCACGAUAUUAGAGAUUUUUACGAAGGUAUGUAUAUGAAGAUAGAUCAACAGAUCCCCAUGCUGCUAGUGGAAAGGCAAGCACUUAAUGAAGCCAUGGAAGGAGAAAGGGUUGGACCUCAUCAUAUGCCUGAGACAAGGGGAUUGUGUCUGUCAGAGGAGCAAACUGUUAGCAGUAUACUGAAAAAACCAAGAAUUGGGAAAAAUAGAAUUUUGGACAUGAGAACUUAUCCUCAGAAGUUGACACGCAGAUGUGAAGUAACAGCAAUCCUUGUUUUAUAUGGACUUCCCAGGCUAUUAACAGGGUCCAUUCUUACCCAUGAGUUGAUGCAUGGUUGGCUUCGGCUUAAAGGCUAUCGAAACCUAAGUCCAGAAGUGGAGGAAGGCAUCUGCCAGCUUCUUUCUCAUAUGUGGCUUGAAUCUGAGGCAAUGUCAGGGCCAAGCUUUGCAGCAUCCUCUUCAAAUUAUGCCUCCUCUUCUUCAACUUCAUCUUCAUCAUAUAAAAAAGUUGGAAAAUCUGAAACUGAAAAAAAGCUUGGCGAGUUCUUCAUGCAUCAGAUUGCUCACGACAUCUCACCUGCCUAUGGAGAAGGCUUCAGAAUGGCACAUGCAGCUGUUAAUAGGUUUGGACUUCGUAGGACAUUGGACCAUAUUCGCUAUACAGGAAGAUUUCCCAUCUGAAUCCCUUCAAGUUCUUAUAUAUAGUAAUGUAGUUCUUGCUCUACCUAGCUUUGAAUUUAACAUUCUUUUUAGCUGUUAUAAUAAGUUCCUCUAAGAGGAAGUGUUUGUGGAUAAGUACCCUUAUGCAAUCGCUUGGAUUAUUUUUCUUAUA